AUGACUCGGCUGGAAGCAAUCGGGAGCCAUUUUUCGUCGGCUGUGCCAAAGGAAUACCGCAUCACAUUGUGGUCUAGAGCUGCAGACCAUAUCGCAACGGCGGGCCCAGACUCAGCAGACCUGGUUCAAGCAUGCCUUCUCACGGCAAUUGCCCAGUUCGCACAAGAAGAUGUCCAGACGGGAGCCAGAACCUUAAGUCAAGCAAUCGCGACUGCGGUCCGACUGGGCAUGCACGAGCGAGAAUUCGCCGUCGCACAUGGCAGAGGUAGUCCCAUUCUGCAGGAAAGUCUACGCAGGACUUGGCACGAGCUGUUCGUCACUGAAAGCUACGCGGCUGCGCUUCAGAGGAAGAUGACACUCGAGACAACGUCCCUACAGGCAGACGUUCUUCUCCCCAGUGAGGAGGAGGCCUACGAGCAGGCAAUCAUCCCGGUCUCCCCACCAUCGUGGGCCGACUUCGACAACCGAAUUUUCGCCGACACAGACACCCUCUUCUCCUCUUUCUCUUAUAGAAUCAAGGCUGCCCAGAUCCUCGGCCAAGUCAUGUCCAUAACAGGGCCUCAAGGUGUCCACCGCGACGAGGUGCAAAUGGUGGACAACGCCCUGGCCUCGUGGUCGCUACAUCUUCCCCCGUCAAAAGCCGAGACAGAGACGAUCAACACGUACGGCGGAUUCGACGUCGUCAUGUUCCAGGCCCACGUCAUGAUCAGCUACGCAACGAUGCUGCUGCAUUUCCCCAGAGGAAGCCUCCGCUCGCCAAAGUUCACGGCCCCCAACAUCCCCGACGGCCAGGGCAUGAAGUCCUUCUGCCCAUGUAACCGCGAAAACGUCCAUUCGGUCAAGGCCGUGGAGGCCUCGAGGCACCUAACGAUGCUUGCCGCUCUAAGAUCACCGUCAUCCAUACACAGCCCCUUCUACAUCUACCCGCUGGCCCUGGGAGCCCUGGUCCAGCUCGCUGUCUGCACGACACACCUGCGCGGCUCCGAUACCUGUUUGGAACAGCACCGCGCCCGCGUAAUACUGAUUCUUGGGCUGCUCAGGUCGUUGAGCCUGCACUGGCCGACGGCCGAUACCGUACACCGCGCGCUCAGGCGAACGGCUGCUGCGGUAUUGAACCCUUCCGGCGAGGAUGAUCGUCGUAUGGGGAGCGCACCUGCAAACAGCGAGGAGAACGAGGCUCAUGCUCUGGCGGCGGCUGCGAGCAUCUGGCUGGAUGGGAUUGACUUUUUUGACCUGCAGGAGGUUGCUGGCCUUGACCCGAACGCUCUUUGCCUGUGA